CUCAAUUUUUUCGGAAGCAAAUUUCGGAAUAAGAGACUCGAGUUCAAGGUCCUUCAGAAUACUCUCCAUAAUGUUUUUUUCUUCCACGGGCUGAUCGGAAUUUUCUGUUCCCGCUAUUUCGUUGUCUUUAACACAGGGGAAGAGAAAGAACUGGGACCAGUUUAAAAACCAGUUUAACCAAUUCGUGAUAGUGAGUAAAGCCUGGCUACUAGAGCUUGGUAUCGGAAGUGAGGUCAAGAAGACAUAUAGACGAAACCACAUCACAUAAUGAUCAAACCACAUAGCGAAGAUACCAGACAACAUAACAGCGUAACCACAUUACAUCAUGACAAGUGCACAAAACAUAACUUAACAACCUCAAUACAUCACGAUAAAACCACACCNACAACACAUAAUGAAGAAACCACACCAAAUAAUGAUAAACAACCACAUAAGAAAGUUAUGGCUUUCCAUAAGACAUCAUGUCAAGAAGACAUAAAGACGAAACCACAUCACGUAAUGAUCAAACCACAUAGCGAAGAUACCAGACAACAUAACAGCGUAACCACAUUACAUCAUGACAAGUGCACAAAACAUAACUUAAGAACCUCAAUACAUCACGAUAAAACCACACCACGUAAUGAAGUUAUUACACCACGUCAUGAUAAAAACACAUCACAUCAGGACCACAUUACAAGACAUAAUGAAGAAACCACAAAACAUAAUGAAGCAACUACAACACAUAAUGAAGGAACCACACAACAUAAUGAAGAAACCACACCAAAUAAUGAUAAACAACCACAUAAGAAAGUUAUGGCUUUCCAUAGUUUAGUUUUAUUUUGUGAAUCUUGUGUCUGAAAGCAACAUGAUAAAUAGUGUAAUGUUUUUUUUCAUUUUUGCAGGACCACAGGGAAUUGUCACCAGCAACCAUAUCAAAUCACUGCUGUUCGCUAUUGUAUGCGGUCAAAUUCCUUCACUGGAAGAGCACUCCAGAGUAACUGGAUAUUACGGUGAUCAAACAGCUGAGAACUCAGGCCACUUUUUUCCAGCAUCAAAGGCAAUUUAGAAUGUCCCCAGACGAAAGAAGAGCUGAUGGUUCUUAACCGUUGACUUGACUGGUAAGCACAAGUAAUAUUAUUUUACUGCUUUGCAAUGGGUAACAAUCCAUCUUCUUAUGAAAAAUAAAGUUUCAACAUGUCAUCUCUUGCACAAAGUACACCCAAAACAAAUGGCUAGUGAAUGUAGUAUUUAUAUCCAUAUAAACCAAUGAAACUAAGACAAUGCUGUGACCAAAUUUCUAAAUUGUAAGCCACAAACAUCUAAACCAUUGUUGUAGACAUAUUUGGAGAGGGUUUCUCUUUGCGGAGAACAGGUCAUGCAGUUGGCUCAAACAGAUACCCAUUAGCGUACAUUUUGGCAUGAGAGGUUAAUAUUAGAGAUAACCCUGCUAGGCAGUCAAUGUGGCAUUUUUAAGCCUGCCAUCUUUGUCACCCCUUGGCAAGUUAACAUGGCAGACAGUUGAUGAAUGAAAGUUUUCAUUUACAUUUCCAAUGACAUCAUUCCAACUUCAGGAUAUUUGAAAGCGUGUUUGUACUACGUGCACAUUUUGAUUGGGGUAAUAUUCUCAGUUAACUUUUAAACAUCAGUUAUCCUUCUUUAUGUUUAAAAAGCCUUCGAAGCUUCAUCACUAGGUGAAUCAGAGAAAAAGCGAAUGUUGUCUAAAAACAUUGUUUUGGUCUAAUAAAAAUGAACUUCAAUCUGUUCCUUGAAUAGAGUUACCUUACAUGUGACCAAAAUCUACCCAGGCGGAAACCCUGUGCAGUGCGAAAGUUCUUUUAAAUAUCAGUUACUACUUAUACAGACACGCAACGAUCUGUCAACCCGACUUAAUUCAGUCAUAAAAAUCCAAAUGUAUUUUCUCAAAUCUAGCAUACUGGUAGUUGACUGUAUUAUAAUUUAAGCCGGGUGUAAACAUUGUGGAUUUUCAUCAGAAGGUUACACACGAAUCUAGUGAACUGAAAAUUAACCAACGCUUAGAUUUUGUUUAAAAAAGUUUUAAUUCCUCGCCAUUUAAGGUUAAUUUUCAUUGGAAUCCCUAUUUCAUUGUUACUCAGGGAACAGGAGUUGAAAUGAUAUUUUGUGCGUGGGUAAACACUACGUUCCAACGUACGUCCUACAUGUUUCAACAUAAACAAAAGCUCAGAGACCUUUAAGAAUUUAGAAAGAGUUUGUUUUAUAGCUGCUCAAGCUAGUCCACUGAUUUAGCAAUGCUUGUCGGCUUUUCAAUUUACCUUUUUUCCAUGAACAUUGAGUCAUGUGUUUCAAAUACAAGUUUGUACUGGCUUGUUGUUUUGCAAAAUACACACAAAUGCGUGUAUGAAUGACAAAGGUUCCUCCUCCAAUUAAAAUACACACUUAGGGGUGAAAUUACUCACAAAUGUGUGUAACUACCAGAUCAGUAAAUUUUACACGUGUAAUUACUCCUACCUUACACACACUGUCCACAAAUACUGCACGCAGACUACACACAUUUCACAUGCAUGUAGGUGCUGCAAUCCCUUCGACCAGUAGUGUACAUCUGUGUGAGUGACAAAUUUGCAUUUUUCAACACCUAAUGAUAAUCCUUUCAAUGCUUUGUGCAUCUACAACUAAAAACUAUGGAUAUGUGCAGGCUAAUGGAUACAACAUUUUGCAGUAAGCAGAUUGUCAACGCUUGCAGUGUGCACAGAGAUUAUUUUGAGCUGGCUCUCAAUAAGAGGGAUAAAGCACAUGAGUGCUGUGACCUGGUGAUUUUGGCCAUGUGUUGUCAUCCCUCAAGGCUGGGGUGUUGAGGUUCAUACCCUGAAGAUUCAAAGAAACUGGCAGGAAUUUCAUCCCAAUCAGGUCAAAGACAGAAAUGUCCUCUUGAUGAAGGUUUCACCAGAGGUGACACUUUACCUCCACAACUAUAAAACUGCAAAGUUCUUUGGCCAUCAGAGCUGACUUUGAAUGUAAAACAAAGCAGCAGAAUGACUUAAUUAACACUUUUGAAUAUUUUGAUUGGUCUUCUAUCUUCUUAUUGAUCAUGGGGACAGACCAGCUCUAGUUGUAUUGUUUUGGUGGGAUUACACAAUAGUUGUUGGGCAAUCUGAUAUCGUCACUUCUCCAUGUCGAGGGUGUGAGGAUUUUUCUUCUUGGUGCCUAUUUUUGUUACCGAGUGAAGGCCAACGCUUGAAAUUUGCCAAGAGCUGUGAUUAUGAUACUAUGAUAUUAUGAUACUUCCUGAGAUGUUGUACUAAAAAGAAACUAAUCCACGUCACACCAUUUCUUCUGACCACAGGCAGAUCAUGAACUGUGCAAAAUACUGCUGGACUUAAUGAACAAUCACCAUCCACAAUUGGUUGGCAAGCAAAGUGGUGACAUCUUGCUUCUGUCAAGGACAUUAUCUUCAAGCUGUAAUGCAGUAACUUAUUGUCUUUCCAUUUGGGGUGAUUAGCAGGACAAAUUCACCCCAGAUUCUAGUAUCACAAUCAAACCCUAACCAUAACCCUAACUAGAUUCCUGCAGAGUAGAUAUGCCCUCCUAAUCCAACUUUUUCAAAUGGUCACCAAACUGUUCCAUGUUACGUCAGCAACGUCAUACUAGAUAUGACGUCACAGUGGGCCUUAUAGAUCACGCUGUGUAAAUUUGAAGUCAUUUGAUUAAAUCCUGUAGAAUUUAUGUGUUUGAAAAUUUGGAGGGGGCAAUGACACACAAAAGUAGUUAAGGGGGUUGGUAUGGGGUACAAAGAGAUGCUGCCUAAUUAGCAUAUGUCAAUCAAAAGACCAUCUAAUUAGCAUAGGUGAUGGGUUACCUAGCUUGUAGAGAAACUGUUCUUUAGCUGCCUUUUUCAUCUGUCUCUUCUCCUCUAAUUCCAUCAUUAUCUGGAGAUUUUCAUCUGCUAACUCUUCGUCUCUCCACUGAAAAAACGUGAAGGUGACUUUCUGUCCACAGGAGAAGGGUCUUUGUUGAUUGUCCCAAGAAUUGGACACUCUUAGAUUGCUUGGCUUGUCGCAUUUGCACGGCAGUGUGUAACACUUGUAAAUAGGUGAUAAUUUGAUUGCAAUGGCAUUGCAGUAAUCAACUAGCUUAUCUUCGAUGCAAAACACAGGGCAAUUCUUUACACUGCACUUGAAACAAGCUUUUCCUGUUUUCUUGGAAGACGUCUUAACCCAUCAGUGAUGUGAAUAGGACAAUUAGCCAGUUUGCACACAUGUUGUCGCAGUUCUUGGACAGAAGUAGGAUUCAUAGGUAUCAUUUGAUUAUUCAUAUUUUUGCUCUUUGCUCCUUUCAUGGUUGCAUGCUGCUUCUUCGAAUCCAUAUUACCAGUUGUUGCAUGACAAUCGUGAAUAACUCCUGUAGAACUCUUAUACUUUGAAUAUCACAACAGCAUUUGGUAUGAUUGGUCUCCCCGCUAUACUAACAACAGACAACAUACCUACCUAUGGCUUGACAUUCAGCCAAAUUGACAUACGAUUGUGUCCUGCUCAAGAAGGUGAAGUCCCUAUUACAAUUCCGUGCAAGGUGUUGUCUGAAAAUGCUGAUCGGUACAUUGAACAUGCAAGGCAAGGAGGAAUCCCAGAGGUGCCAGACGGAAAAGGCAAGGCUCUUGAUAAACUUUGCGAGGCCCUAUCAAAGUUUCCUACUCACUAGAUUCUUGGCAAAGAAGUGGCAAGACUGAGUGAAUUAGAUUCCAAGUCGAAAGUAAACUUACACAUUGUGGGUAAGUUUCUCAAGGCACUCACUGAUGAUGAUGGCCAGUGUGUGGUUAACGCAAGUCAUGAAAAGGACUUAAAAAUGAUUGCAGUGAACCGAUCAGUCAUAACAACCAUUAAGGUUGGUUGAAAAGGACUUGGCAUCAGUAAGUGGCACCUCUACAGUUUAAUGUGGGUCCAUCAUUAUAUCUCUUAAUAUAGGCGCAUUGAGCUAUGGCGAACUUUUUGCCAUAACUUUUUCGGUUUUAACGCCAUGGCUAAGAAACUUUGGCAUGAGCUACAGCUGAUGGGAACUAAUUCAAUUUUACUAAUGGAAAAUAUAGUUUACGAAAUUAGGUCCCAGUUGGACCCCAAGUUUCAAAGAAAAUCGCAUGUAGUGAAAAAUUUUGCUGUUAAUUUUUGGUGCCAAAAUUGCAAGGUAAGUACCCGAAAUUCUGAAAAUUUUUGUGGCAUCUAGAAUUUUGCUGAUAUUUUUGACAGAAAUUUCUGGCAUGUGUUAAAACCCAGAAGAUGCAUUCUGGACAAAUUUCUGAGAGGACUUCUCAAGAUGAUUAUCUGCCUUGCAUUCACUGUCUGGGCUUUAUAAAGAGAAAGGAUCUUUGGAGGCAACAUACAGGCAAAGUGAUGCAAAUGAAAUUAGUCCCUUGUUCAUCGAAUUUUCGAAAGAUGUUUCUUGGGGUUCUAAGCGAAAAAAAUCACAAUCUUUCUCGAAAAUUUCAGAUGGUGAAAUCUGAGGUAGCAAAUUUUCAAGGUAACCAAAUUAAAAUUUGAGAUAGCGAAAUUCGAAGCAGCAAAUUUUUGUGACAUGAACCGCAAUGAAUGACAUUGCCAUACAAGGGUGUGUAAAUGACUAAACUCAUAUCGAAAAUAGAUUCAAUGAUCCGGCAGUUUAAUUGGCUAUUUCCGAUGAAAAAAAGCAAUUGCAUCACACAACGAAAAAAGCGAUUACCUCACAAUAAAAUUCCUCAAACACAGACUAAUAAACCUUGUUUUAGCACCUUUAAUUUUCAAGCCUGCAUAUCGAUCGGUAAGACUGGGCGCCAAUUUCACAAGUAGGUCAAGUCUGUUGAAGUUACAAUGUUUACAGAAGCCUACUUUCCCAAAACAGUGUAGAAAUGAGACAGAACUUUUACAGACAAAAUUUUUAUUUUAUGAAACAUUACAUUUUGUUUUGGAACCAAAACUCAAAAGCUCUCAAAUGUCCUUUGUGUGUUUUUAGCCCAAGCAGUGCAUCUCUUGAUCAGCUUGAGUUGAAUCAUACAAAAUAGUCUCUGGACGUCUUCCCUUGUAAACUGAAUCCUUGCUGGGUUUAAAGGCAAUAAGCUUAUUUCAAGCAUUUUCUGCUUCCAUAUUGACCGUAAGCAUCGACCUAGUGGUUCGUAUUUAUGUAGAGCCACGUGCCAUAUCACUUGAACACCAUGUUGACAGAUGUUGACAGACUUGGAAAACUUACAAACCCACAGUGGUUUGGCUUGCGGCACAGAUGUUGCCUCCAUAGCUAUGUCAUGUAAAGGGAAAGUGUGGCGUUCGCAAGAAAAGAGUACUUAUAACAUGCGCUGAAGCCAAAGUAAGUUGUUUGUUUUGCUGUCUGCCUGGGAAAAGGUAGACUUGCCACAAGGCAACCUUGUGAGUUUUAGGGUAGAAUAGCUCAGCGAGCGAAGGAACUGCGAGGUUUUAGGCUGCAUAGUGGCCGUGCAAGGGUCGCUAAGCGGCCAAGUGAGUAACAAUUGUCCUUGGUCUGGCGGGUUAUUAAUAAACAAGAUGAUGGACUUUCCUUAGAGUCUAGGCAAAAAGCUGAGAAAAAUGUAGGAAGAUUGAGACACACAGUUUGGGGAGAAAGGGGUUGGGGUUGUAACAAUUUCGAAAUAGUCAAACAAUGUAAUAGGGUUUCCUCAAUUAAAACAAGAGUAAAUAAAAUGGUUUUCAAUUGAGCAUCGAAAUUAAUUCUCCUUUCAGCAAUUUAAAUAUCUCAGCUGGGUGGAGAUCUUGCUUGUAAAGAAGUUCAAUUUGGGUUUGCGUGUAAUUGGAAACUUUUGGCAUAAUUACCACAACCGAGUCUCAACGGGAAUGAUUGUGUAAUGCAUGUUAGCACUAUUGAACACUAGCAGUUGCUAUGGUAAUACAAAAACAAGUUCACGUGGAGUCUGGGUCACAAAAACAUGGCGUGGGUCGGCGAGUGGCCUUUGUGGCCUACAAAUGUAAGCCAAGAAACAAUAGAAGAAUAAUUGUGCAAGAGUUACGAUGCUUUUAACAUAAAGUAAACAGUAAAGGAAACCUUUGAAGCAUAUCAUUUAUCGAACAGAGCGAUUUUUCACCCGAAAAUUCGAAGUCAAUUUUUGUUCCAAGUGAAUUGUCAUUUGAAAAUUUGCAUAGUUGGAAACAAUAGGCAUUGCGAGUUAUCGUGACUUUUCGUCCUCACAAGUUUGACGUCAUUGUGCAAUGUGUCAUGGACAUUUCCAAGUUUCAUGUAAAAGAUGGGUGAAAUUCGGGUCAGUACACCAUCUUUAGCAUCCCAUAUUGGCUACUCAUUGAAGAAAUGCAUCGGAAUUGUUUGUGGAAAAGCACUCCAGGAGAAAGACAGGUCUCCUUGAAGAUGUUGAGUAUUUUGAGAAGCUAAUGGAAGCUGAGUGGAAUUACCAUAUCAGCCAUCACUCCAUGACAACACUGAAUGACGGGAGGUAUAAUCAACCAGACCUUGUCCUUGUUAUAAGUGACUUUCAAACGUUAAAGGAGUACAUUACCUUAAAGAUCAUUUUGCUCAGUUCAGAGUUGCAAUCUGCAAGUAGACCAGAUGUAUGCACCUGGCGAGAACUGAGUGAAAUGGUGCUGAACGGACUGAUACUCUUCAACAAACGGAGAGGGGGAGAAGCCGCAAAACUUCAAGUUGAAACCUACACCAAUCGCCCUGAUUGGCAGAAAAGCACAAGUCAAGGUGUUGUUGCAUCCUUAAGUGGCAUAGAACAGCAGCUAUUUAAGAGGUAAAAAAUAAAAAUACUCAAGACACAACAAGUUGAUGAUAACUAACAACAAUGAGUAAUCAAGGGUAAUCACUGAGUAAUCAACUCAUCAGUCGUUGAGGACCAUUGAGUAUAGCUGAAAUAUACGUAAGUAAACCCAUGACUAGUUGAAAAUGGAAAAAAAUUGUGGCUUACUGGUUACUCAUCCAUGCCAUGGAUUACUCGGCUAUUCAGUUAUCAAAAGGUUCAUACUCAUGCUAUCGCUUAGUUGCAUGUACAAUAGAAUCUCAAUUUCACAAUGACAGGGAGUCUGGAUCAGAAGAAGAUAGUGAAAAUGAUAGUGACGCUGACCUACCAAGUCGGAGUCCGAGUGUCCCAGUGUUAGGCUUUGUCAUUUGCUGAAAGACUGGAGUUAUGCUGAGAAACUCUUUACAACAAAUUUUAUAUACCUACUGAUAUUUAGUGUUGUUGCUUCUUUUACAGCAUUUUUUGCUCUUCGAACAGGAAGGAACAAGUAGCUCAAAGGGAUCACCAUCAGGAUUAACUGGUAUGAUUAUUUUCAUUUCUCAUUAGAUUUAUUGUCACACGCUGACAUUUGGGGUUCAUGGUAUUUUCCCCUGUUCUUCCAACUUUGAUGCAAAUUAGUCCUCAGAAUUUAAGAGUAAGGGUUGUGUUUAAUGGCUGUAAGCGUCAUGACCUUUAUUACAUAGUUUAAGUUAGUAUUAACAGGCCAGAUAACACUGGGGAAUAUGUCCCCUGUUACGUAAUUAGGUGGGCCCUCUACUAAUUUAAAUGUCAUCGCCCAAUGACGUAAUUCUCUGAGCUGAAACAAGGUCAGCAUGACCUUGAAAUUUUAUUUUUAGAACCCAGUUGGUAGUUCUCAAGUGAUUUGAAUGUGCCACCUUCCCCUUUGGUUGUUUGGCACUCUACCAACUGAAUUUAUUAUCUUAUAUCUUUUAAUAGCUAAGACAAAAAAGACUGCACGAGAUAAAGAAGCUGUACCAAAGGAGAACAGUGGUAUGUAGCUAAAACUAAUGUGUUGUUCUCAAUACACAUAUCAGCCUUUUGUUGUUUCGCAAAGAAAUUCUCAUUUCCUAUGACCAUACAAGUACUUCCAACUGAAUUUAAUAUCUUAUAAUCUUUUUUACCACUAAGACCACAAAGACCACACAAGAUAAAGAAGCCGUAACAAAAGAGAACAGUGGUACGUAGCUAAAACUGCUGUUUUGCUUUAAAUAUACACAUAAACAUUUUGUUCUUUGGCCAAGAAUUCUCAGUUCCCACAACCAUCCUCGCUGUAUAGUUUCUACAGCUCCGUCCUUUUUGCCCUAGGACCACAACAACCAGUUAGCAAUUAUAAUUCUUUUUAUUUUCUAAGUGUCUUAACUGUAAACACGGAAAUUGUUAAAAAGGAUUUUCUUCUGAAAUCUGCAAGUUAACUGUCAUUACUGUAUUGUUAAGAUGCAGGUAAUGUGAAAAGAAAUCAUCCUCUUUUUGUUGCAGUACUAGUGUAAGCACAAGUGUGACACUGAAUCUAUUCUUACACUGAGGUCCUACUGCUGCCUCAGCAAAGAGAAAGGGUUAUAAUGCCUGGACAAAGGAAAAAAGAUGCAGUUUUCAAGUACAUUGGAGCCUUCAUCACAAACAAGAAACUACCAGGAAAACGUGACCGUGAGAACUGUAUGAAAGUGAGGGAGUUCUGGUCAAUAGAGAUUAGACAGCUGAGAAAAACUGUGUGAAGAAUAUUAUCUCACAAGCAAAAGCAUUCAAAGAAAAAAAACACCUAGAUUUAAUCGGAACUACUGUUUCCAGUAAUUUACAUUUGGCUGGGUUGGGCCACAUUUUGAUAUUCUUAAUGAUUUAGGUCUGGAUCUGUAAGUGUACAAUAAGAGGCAUUGCUUCUUUGUCAUCACUGGUUACCUUUAGUUUUGACACAAGUUAUAUUUGUUCAUGUUUGAUUGGACUGAGUUCCUUUUAUAGUUACUCUCCGAGUUUUUCAUUAAACCUAGAUUUCCGUAUUACUUGAGAAGCCAGAAGCAUCUAUACCACUAUUCGUACGCUAGUACCCCGAAAAGUAAGACAGAUGCUUGUGUGAGUUGCGAUUGGCCAUUUGAUGAAAGUAAGAUAGCCCCUGAGUUGUGAAAAGAAAAUUCCAGUGUUGACACGCCUGACUCUCGCCAUGGAGAGGGAGAGAGUCAUCGAACGAACUGUACAAAUGUAGAACCAGUUGAUAUUAGCACUGACAGAGGUACUAGUGGAAUUCCGUCAACACCACCCCAGAAUAUUGACAAAGAGACAAUUGAACCAACAGUGGAAGAAUAUUCCAAUCAGGAGUCAAUUUAUAAUGAAACUUUCGAAAUGGAAAAGAACGAUCAAAAAAGUAUUCAGAAGAAACUGUUUUUGCAACAGGUGGUCUACGGGAACCAGUAAUUAACUCACCAGCAGAUAUUUAUAAACACUUUCCACAAAGAGUAAUCUUUGAGGACGAACUUCAGGAAAGACUUAUUGAUACAAAAAGUUCAAGUUCAGAAGAAAUUGGCAGUAGAGAAAACACUAUCGACUCUGACGACCAAUUUAGUGAAGACAACGCUGCCCAUUCGUUCUACAAAAACCAGAAAGCAGGUACCAGUAAUCCUAGUAAAACUGCUAAGAGAAUGUUUAGUCAAGAAACACCAGAAGAAGAAGCAGCUGAGUUAUCACAUUCAUACCAACAAACACUAAACAACUUGGCACAAAAGAUGCUCACCAAAUAUGUACGCAUUGACAACUUCCAUGGCCGAGAUAAUGAAGAUAUAGAGUGUUGGUUUGAAAAGCUGGAACUGUUAUUAACAACCAAGGGAAUCGAAAUGACAGCUCCAUUGGCUAUAGCCCAAAUUAUUACUAACUUGAGCGAGCCAGCAGAAACCUUCCUUUUUGAGUUGACAACUGAGGAAAGAGAGAGCUUUGAAAAGUUUAAGUGUGCGCUUAUGAAACGUUAUGCCACCAAGGACCCUACAUGGGCUAAGCGCCGAUGCUUUACUUUAUGACAUCAAGGACCCAGUGAACUGCUGUCUAAUUAUGUAAAUGACAUUCAUGAACUCUUUGGUGGACUGCACGUAGCGGAAGUGGAAAAAGUGACAAACUUCGUAGAAGGAUUAUUACGAUUAGUGAGAGUUGAAGUUCUCAAGAAAAACCCUGCUAGAGGCAGAAGAAUAUGCCAGAACUUUGGAUUCAAUUAACAAGUGCAUAAGGCAAACCAGUGAAAAUGGUCAAAUGGAGAGAUUGAUAAACGUGCUAAUGAUUAAUGGACAGGUAACAGCUGUGGCAAUAGGUACCAGAUCUCAACCAGUGGAUCAACAGAUACAAUCAAUAAACACAAAGUUGGAUGUGUUGGCUAGCAAAUUAGAAAGGUGUUGCCCCCAAGGAAGCUAACUUGGAAAAGUUGGCCACUUAUGUCGAGCCAGAAAGAGAAAAUCAGCAAGGGGUCACAAGGUUGAUAAGAGAAUCAACAGACAAUUCACACCAGAAAAUUCAACAACAGGUCCAGGACUUAGAUACUUGAAUCAAUGGCCUUGCCCAACAUGGACCACCCAACAGGUACAAAUCUCAACAGCCAAGACAGCGAACCCGUGACCGAAAACCUAUUUGUUUUGAUUGUGGUAACACUGGUCACAAACAACAAAGCUGUCCAUAUAGGCGCAUUCGCCCAAUACAAAAUGCACUUCCAGCCCCUGGGCCCUAAUGCCAAAUGGAACAACAGAAAAAUUCAUACAAUCCUGGAUACCAGUCAGGGCAAAGAGAGUUACCAUCUCAUCAACAGGAACACUUGGCUGCCUUUGAAGGUGUUGCAUAUGAGGAGGAAACUAUGUACACUACCUGGAAGACUACGAUGUGGGAGAACUGUAUUAUUACAAUAUGAAUUCCUGACUACUAGAGGAAUCUGAAAAAUUGGAAGGCACUUUUUAGAAUUCCACGUCAAGGAGGAACCUGAUCUACCUGGAGUGACUCGUACUACUGACCAUCAAGAUGUUUUGUGUCUGACUUAUGAUGACUCCCAUGGUAGAGAUGAGGAGGGUAACCCACCUUCAGACUUAAAACAUCGCGCAGUUAAAAAUGCCACCACUGCCACAGUUCCAAGACAAAGGACACAAGGAUGAGUUCGACUGGCCAUCACCUCUACCAAUCACUGACAUUGCCCUAACUAAGGGUGAAUUGAACAGUGUGCCUCCGCCAACACCAAGCUUUGACCUUGCAGUAAUUGAAAGUGAUUUGGAUAUUGUGCCAUCUCCGUCAACCACUGACAUGGCAGUAAUUUACAGUGAAUUUGCCACUGUUCUGCCUCUGCAGCCAAUAGAUGAUUGUAUACCAAAUACAGGCUAUUUAGAUUUGAUAAUACCACCAGCUCUAGAGUUCCAGGAUGAUUACAAGCCACCUUUUCUGGUAAAGAAGGAGCCACAGUCAAACAGCGCAACCCGAGAUGUCAUCAGCACAACAAAGAAGGUUGCUUUGGAAGUACUGUUACUGCCACCUCCUGAGUUUUGGGAUGACUACGACCUGCCUUCCCUGGAGGAGGAUAGGUCGCAGUAAGCCAGCCAAGUAAUUGCCACAGGUACAGGAGAUGGUCUGCCACAAGCAACUGCCGACUGUCAAGUCGACUUACACAUAGUAGAAGUCUCGCUAGUACCAGAUAUGGUUGACGCCUUAGAAGCCGACAUUAAAGAGGCAAAAGCACAGCAACAUCCACAAGUGAUGCCUACCCAAGCUGACAAAGUUCACACUACAGCCCAGUUAGGAGAAACUCUACCCACAAGCUUUGCAGCCCAGCGCGUGAAAAGUCCUAGAGGAGAUGAGCCCAACAUAGCUACGGCCACUGAGUCGCCUCGCAAGCCACAUGAACUUACAGUGCCUAUACAAGAUUGCUUGUGGACACUGGAGCUAGUAUGUUUGUAAUUGACUACAAUCACCUACAGGAGUUAUACAACGGUAUACCGCCUAUAAAGCACACUAGUUCUUCCAGAGCUAUUCAGACAGUAAGCGGUAAACAGUCACCAAUCAUCUGCACAAUCACAGUAACUCUGAGUGUUGCUGGUGGAGCUUACCCAUGCGAACUGAGGGUUAUUAAGGGCCUCAAUUAUAAAGCAGUGCUGGGACGAAGUUUCCUUCGUGCCCAUGGAGUUGUCAUAAACCUACAAACUGGUAUGUUGGGAUUGGAGGACCAUCCUCCCAACACGUGUAUGGAGGAAUAGCAGUCCAUUCAUGCAUUUUCGACUUAUGUGAUCCUGCCCAGAGGUGAAGCAGUGAUACCUGCCCAAGUUCAUGGAACUGUCCCUCCAGGAACCAUAGGCUUAGUCAAGUCUGCCCCUUGUUUAACCAAGAGAUAUCACCUUCAAGGGGCCACGACCCUGGUCAAAAUAUCACAGGUCAACACAAUUCCCUUCCGGUUGAUUAAUCCUACGACCAAGCCUGUUACCUUGUACAAGGGCACAACCUUGGGGAAACAGCAGAAACUGGUGAGGACCUUAAUGUUCAACCUAUUGGCGAGGAAACAGAGUCACAAAGGUCCUGCAAUCAACAACAAGCUUCAAUACCAGUUGACCUCACUAAUUCCAAUCUCACGCUAUACCAGCAGACUCAGAUCCAGGCCCUUCUCAAUGAGUUCCGGGACAUCUUUGCUCUCAGCCCUAGCAAGCUUGGUCGCACGAACCUGGUUCAGCAUGGUAUUGACACAGAGGGGCAUGCACCAAUCAGACUACACCCAUAAAGAGCUCCAAAAGUUCAAAAGGAGACCACAGAGAAGCACAUAGAUGACAUGUUGAAAUGCAAUGUUAUUCAACCCUCAGUAUCACCCUGGGUCAGCCCAGUAGUACUAGUUAGUAAGCCACAUGGAUCCACAAGAUUUUGCUGUGACUUUCAGAAAUUAAACCUAGUCACAAAGAAGGAUUCAUACCCAUUGCCAUUGAUUUCCAAGAGUUUGAAAGCCCUUAAUGGUACCCAGUACUCCUCCACAAUGGAUUUGGUGUCCAGUCAUUGGCGAGUGGAACUUGAUCCCCGGGCAAGUGAGAAGACUGUUUUCACCAGUCAUGCAGGUUUAUAUGAGUUCAUUACAAUGCUGUUUGGUCUUUGUAAUGCCCCGAGUGCGUUCCAGCACAUACCCAGACUUCAUGCAGCCGUUCCUCCUGAGCACUGAUGCAAGCAAUGAUGCCCUUGGUAUGGUUCUGGGACAGAAGCAAAAUGGUCACAAAGUUGUAAUAGCUUAUGGAGGCUCCAAGCUCAAUCCUGCAGAAAGAAAUUACAGCGUCACAGAAAGGGAAGCCCUAGCAGUAGUCACUGGUAUCAAGCAAUUCCAACAUUACUUGCACAGAUGCAAGUUUACUGUACUCCCAGAUCACAAUGCUGCAUGCUGGCUGAUGAACAUAAGAGAGCCGACUGGUCGACUAGGAAGAUAGACGUUAGUAUUACAGCAGUAUGACUUUGAGAUAGUUCACCGUGCGGGAAAGAAUAAUGGCAAUCCAGAUGGCUUGUCCCGUCAUCCGUAUCAGGCCAAGUUAGCGGCUCUUGACUGCACCGGAGUCCAGACUGACAAAAUUCGCGAGUUAGUCAUGCCCACUCCCCUAAGGCACGAGAUCCUGAUUGGAGGACACGAUCACCAAAACCAUUGAAUGUGUCAUGCGAAAUCUCAAUUUUUUGAUGAAAGAGGAGAUAUCGAACAGGAAAGCAGCCCAUCUAAAUGAGCUUGUAGCAUUGAAGAGAUUCAGGCCUUGAUUCGGUUUCUGAGGAUGAGUUUUAGUCAUUCUCCACUCUCAACAUGAAUUUUGGGAGUGUUUUUAAUGAUAAUUAGCUUAAAAUAUAUCAGAACUGGGAAGAUUUAUGAGAUUGUUGAAUCAAAUAGUGAUAUAUUAUAUUCAUAUAUUUGUUACAAAAGGUCAUAUGUAACAGAAAACAGCUGCAUUUUAUUAAAUACAUUAACAUUUCUUGUGUAUUUUAAGGCUGACAUUUACUUAAUUUGGACACCCAAAAUGCACCAGAUUGUAUCCUAGAGCACUUAAAUUUUCAAAAAUUUCCGGGGGCAUGCCCCUGUACCCCCCUAGCUGUUCACACCUCCGGCGCUCACUGGGAGUGCUACGCGCUCCAGUUGUCUCCACCUGCUUUGCUUUCAUCAACUUCAACUUCAUUUCAAAAGGAAAACCUUGAGCAAUGAUAUAUUAUGAGUAAGUACAUACCAGUGGUGAUCAGCAGUUGACAUCCCUUUGUAACAUUAUUAUUCAUGCUACAAUAUACUCGCUGUACGUUUUCAAACAGACACAAAAGAACACCAGAUAUCAAUUGAGUCGAUGUUCUGAUGCACCACUGCCCUCAACUUGUAGCAUACCAAAUUAUAGAAACCUAUUGUGGAUAACCUGUUUAAUGAUUUUGGGUUUUAAACGGGCAAUAGUGGUGCAAAAUGAAAUUAAAACCCAAAGACAUGGCCUAAUACAUUAUGGUAACUGGGCCUUCCUGUCUCCAGUGGUCACUUCCAGUGAAGCAUUACUAUCUUAUAGGACCCAACAAGAGCUGGCUGCUCAAACAGUGACAAAAGCAGAGUUUUGGAGCUCCCAAACACAUGAGUUUGAGGCUAUUAAAAAAAUUAUCCCUGUUGUUCAAGCUAAAGGUAUUUACAGUUGCACCAUUUGUCAUGUGUCUAGAUUACAUGUAGUUCUCUCAAUGUAACAGUAGUUUAUUAACAUAUAUUGGUAUAUCUUUCAGGACUCAAUGUGAUAGAAGUGGAACAUGACUUUGUGCCAAAAAUAAAAAACUGGCUUUAACAGCAGAGCAUACAAAAUUCUUUUAAAACUUGGCAUGGUAAGAAAUUAAUUACCUGAUAAUUCAAUUCAUAUUGCAACAUUAAGAACACAUUUGUACUUAUUAUUACUGGCACUAGGAACAUAUUUUGAGUGGAUUUGAAAACAAGACAAUACAUGGUGUUUCAUGGCAUUUCAAUUUCUUUAGAACUAAAAUCAUAAGCCUUGUCUUCCAGUGAAUCAUCAGUAAUCUUACUUUAUGUCAUCUAAUUUCUUGUUGCUUUUUAGGAAUGGAGUGGCAAAGGCCAUGAAAGAAAUAAGUAGUGGUACACAGAAAUAAGAGGGUGAAAAGUGGUAUUCAGAGCUAUCAGACAAGUGUACAUACUCCAAUCUUUUUUUUCCUAGUUAACAAACUAGUAUAUUUAGGUACAACCACAGAGGGUUAGUCAGGUAUAUCGAGUUGCAUCACUGUUAUUGAAUUUGCCUAUAUUUUUAAAGGCCAGUGUUAAACAGCACUUCUGCUACUCCAUGAAGAAUUGCACCAGUCCAGAUGAGGAGGAGACUGCUCACAGAAGUUGAUUACUAUCAGGUACGGCACUGUCUACUACAUGAUCAGGUAUGAAAAGGACAAGAAAACUGACAUCAAUUAUUGAAAUGUAAGCAAGGAUUUCUCUCAGUAACAACUAAUCCUAGUGUUUAAUUGAAUUUUUAAAAAUCUGAAAUGUAACCACUCAUUAUUGUGGAACAACCAUGGUAGAUGGGAUCACAAGUGAAAAGCGCAAGAAACCUGGAUACCAGUACAGCAAGACCAAAAUUACAAAAAGCAAGAGCAAUACCUGCUCUGCACAAAUUUAUUUUAGAAUCAAAGGUGUACAAGGUUUGCUGAGGACUACUAUCUGGUAUAUUAGCAGCCAUAGGUAUUUCUCCUGUGCUUGGUAGUAAGCCUUUAGCUCAUUAUGCCAAAGAACAUGAACAAUGAGCAAAUAAUUUCCAAGAAAGGUUUUGACAAAUCACCACAAAGCUACUUUAACACUGAACCAUUUCUAUAAUUGCAGUGUAGUGACACUUACUGGAUGGAGUCUUUCAACAAUUGCAUUCUCAUCUACUGCCCAAAGAGAAUUCACUUUGCUGACCACACUUUCAACAUGUGCAUUUCUCUGGCAGUAAUGGAUUGGGUAAGUCACAGACAGGUGGAUUGGGAAGGUGCUUUCCUUUAAUAAUCUGCAUACAUACCAGGGAAGCAACCUUAAUCAGUUUGUUGGAGGAUGUUCGCCGACCGAAUCACAGAACGAGUCACAAAAAUCUUCGCCCCAAAACAUUUCUAUUCAGGGAGGCUGUCUGGAGUAGAUUAUUCCAGCUGAACUACUGCGCAUUGUGAAGCAAGAUGGAUGACUAACAUGCAAGACCUGUUCCAAAAAAGCUAUUUUUUUGAAAGAGCCACAUACCUGCAUUGCACUGUGCGGGGAAAAGUCCUGUAGGGUCCUACUUACCUGGUGUGACAUUGCACCCUCCUGUUGACAAUGCCAACAUGCAAGGUACCUGCAUUGCAUUGUACUCACUUGGCACGACACUGUACUCUAUGGGUCAAAAACCAAAGGCUCCUCUAGGAGCCACCAAGUUAACUAAAAAUCAUGAUCAACAGCCUGCCAUGAAGAGUUACUCUGCUUGUUUAUUACAUUUUCAAACUUUGUAAUGUAAGCCAUUACUUUUCACUGAAAUUUGAAUGACUGGCUCUAUCCCUAUAAGGAACCUUUAUUUCAAGGAUACAGCAAAUGAACUUUGCUUUACGGUACUGUAUAACAAUUUUCAUCUAACCUGGAUUACAUUUGUCUGUUUCCCAAAACAAUGUCAUUAAGUCACAUUGAAUGUGGAGUGAAUGUGGACCGAAUGUGGAGCACGAGAUAUAAUUUGAGUCACAGCGAAUGUGGAGCGCGACAUAUAAUUUGAAUCAAUUGAAAACUCUUUACUCAGAUGAUUACACCCUCAUUAGAGAAGCUGUUUUUUAACGUCCUUUUGACAAGAUGUCCUAACGUUUAUUUUAAUUCAAAUAGGUUAACAUUCAAAACUAACCUGUUCAUUUCAUGAUCUGCUAAAUCCCCAGAUGUUGAAGAACACAGUCAUCUUUAAAUUAAGGCAGUGGAAACUGUUUUAGGGAGUGGGGGAGACGGUGGAGAGUGGCAUUUGGCCUUCUUAGGCCAAAUGCUUCAAAGUAAAAGGCUUCAAAGUAAAAGGCUUCAAAGUAAAAUGAAGAAUGACAUGCUCGACGCUCUACUACACGUUCUCAUUAAUGGUCCUAAAGUGGGAAGAAAGGAAUUUGAAGGAGUGAUUUGAUGCUUCUGUUAAAGCUUGGUUAGCUGCUAAACCAUGCCGAAAGUGUCCUCCAAAGUUUGUCAGCAGACCAUUGGUCGCCAGUUCAAGUGGUACAAGUGAGAAUGUUGUAACGGUAACCAUGCAGGAUGCUGGUGUGCAGACAAAUGAUGACAGUGUCACUCAGCCAAUUCACCUUACAAUUGCAGACGAAGUAGAUGCAACUUUAAAAGCAUUGGAGCUACCAGCCGAUGACGAUGAUGAUCCAGAUUAUGGUUCCGACUUUGACUAUUCUGAUGAAAUAUAGUAUAGUCUUUUCAGCUACAUACAUUAGUUGCUUGGAUUUAGGAUUGACUUUUAGUUUUCUUCAACUGUAUUUGAGUUGAAUGAAAGCAGUAAAACAGUACAGGAGGAGUUCAUACAUGAAAGUGUACAAUCCCUGUAAUGUUUGUUUCAGAUAUUAUUAUUUGAUUCAGAAAAGCAAGUGUGGCUCACCACCUAACAAACGAUAUAAGCCAAUGAGUUAGGUUUGAUUAUUCAUACUGUUAUGUAUUUAGUAAAUUGCCUGAGGCUGCAAACAGUUACAAAAUUAGUUACCCUAUUGUUUUUCAUAAAAUCACUUUGUGGUUGUCAAUUUAGUAAAUUCUCUCAGGCUGUGAACAAUUACGAUAUUGUUUUUCAUGAAGUCAAUAUGAGCUAGUAUAGGUAAAAGCUCCAUAAAUUAUUCACAAUUUUUGUUUGCAAAAUGAAGACAUAGAAUUAUAAAUUUUCACCUCAGAAUGCUGGAAAAUGCAAUUCCGAGAGUCUAAUUUAAAAACUUUUCCGGGGAGGCAUGCCCCCGGACACCCCUAGAGGCUUGCGCCUUCAGCCCUUAGGGUUAUAGGGGUGCCCACUUACUCUACCAUGAGGGCGCUCCUACCUCAAAACUUAAUGAAACCCCUGCUGGAAACAAGGUUUUCCAUAGAGCCACCAUUUUUAAAAACUCGGACAUAGACAGCAGGAUCAGUUGAUACACAAAUUACAAAUUGGAAAGAACUUUCCAGGCCACUAGAACUAAAUUAUGGAACAGCAUCCCUAUUGAAACAUACUCUCUAGGCCAUAGUCUAAUUACUAUCACCAUUAUAUAUUUAUAUAUUUCUUAUUAUUUCAUCUAUAUAUUUAUUAAUUUAAUUUUUAAAAGAAAAUCCAUUUUGAUUUUUUUCAAUAUUUUAAUCUUUUUAAUCUUUUUUACUUAACACACUUUUCAGCCAUUUAUUGUAUAAUUCAUGUACCGUAUAUCCCAGUCCACAUAAAAGUAUAUUUUUCUCUUUUUAUAAGUGACUCUUUUUAUUUUUAACCCCAUAUAUUUAAAUAUCUUUUAUCUUAUGUAUCACCCUUGCUACUACCACUAAUAUUACUACUACUAGUAUUUAUAUUACUGCCAAGUCUAAAAGCACACCUACCAAAAAAUACUGUAGUUAUUUAGAACCAUUCUUUAUCUCACAAAACAUUUUCCAUGUGAAAUUUCACGUCCAUAAAUAUGAGCAUUGCAUCACUUUAGUGCAGCAUCUUGAACAGGCUGUACACUUGUCGUGUAGCUGACUGCAACAUUGUUUCAAAAGCCAAUGGCAAGAAGUGAUGGGUUUAGAUCACGUCACAGAAGAACAGAGCAAUGUACAUGCCCUUAUGAAUCAACUAUCAAAUUUCCCUGAUUGAGACUUGCUCAACAAAAAUCCUCAUCCCAGGUAGAUUCACUAAUUGUCAAAGGCUGAACCACUUGAUAGAAAAUUAGACAGCAAUGUUAAAACUAUUUGCAGAUUUGUAAGGGAAACAAGGGAGAGAAAAUGUUGCUGUUGUUCUGUUAGGGAAAGGGAUGGUGUUUCAGCAAAACCAAGUUUGUAACACUGCAGAAGAAAAAAGCAAAAAUGAGACUUCCACAUCAAGAUGUGAACUGACAGCCUCAACUUCCAAAAGAAGAUUUACAAAGAGUUCCCGGUCAACUUCUCUGAGGGUUAAGUUACUUGCCUUCAGAAGAAAAAAGCUUGGCCGGGUGCACACUGGAACAUAAUUUGCCACCUGAUCCUUAACAGGUAACACACCUAUAGUUCUUUUUGAAGUGCAAUGAACACAGAGAAACAUUUGACAAUGUCAUCUUUACAGACCAAUGCUCCCUUCACAUGGGGAAGCAUGCCAAGCUCAGUUUCAGACACAAAAGAGAACAGCCGCAGUUCAAGGGUCAUUCCAAACAUAGGUACAAAGUUAAUAUUUGGGCUUGGAUUGCCAGGCACAGUGCCACAAGGAUCCUUGUGUUUACCAGCAACAUGGAUGCCAAAUUUACAUUGAAGAAAUUCCCAUCAUAACCAGGGUUUUCAAAUUUAGCCCGCAACCAGCCCAAGUCACCGGCUACUUCAAGCAUUUGCGCUGGGUACGUUUCGUAUUCCAAAUUUUAUUUAUACAUGACUCUGUUUCACCAAUGUAAUAGCGAUCUCAUCUUUUUGAGGAAAUAAACGUUAACAGAUGAGGAAAAAAUAACUAAACAGUGUUGCUAUUACAUGUAUAGAUACCUUUUGAACUUCAAAACAAGAGCAUUUUUUGGCAGAAAGUCUGCUUGUGUGCACUGGCUGUCAUUUGAACCUGCAUGAAUCGGCAGAUUUCUUCUUAUGUGCACAGUUUCCAAGAUGAAGCAGAGGCAGCAAACAAUGCUGUCUCUUCUUUCCACAGCCAAGAAGUCACGAAGACAAACAGAUAACAAUAAUUUUAGGAAUUAGAGUUAACAUAUAUUACAUGUUGUGCCAGCUCUGAAAGCAACAAUAAAACAAUCCUCUUAGGCUGAAUUGACCACAGUAUCUGUGGCUGUAGGCACUUACACAUGGUGAAGGUGAAGGCAGUCUUCGUUGUGAAAUGUUAUUCCUGGUCUUGACUGCAGCAAAUGUAUGUUAAUCGAAAGGUUGAAAGGAAUCUUAACAAUAAAACCCUUCAACGAUGCAAGUUUUCAGAAUUCCAGACAAACGAAAAUGUGAAUUUCAGUGAAUUGAUGUAGAAAUGACACAAGACCGCUGACUUUGUUGUGAUACUUCAUGUAAGUACAAGGAAAGGUAUCAACGAAAGUCGCCUCAUGGAAAUAUUACGUCAUUCCAUUGAUUCAUCUUCAUUUAAAGCUGGAUGGAAAAUGAGCGAGUGUUAGAACUGAUUAUCUUUAACUUGCACAACUGAUUUGAAAUACUAUUAUAUUACAGUUCAGUAUAUUACACUUCAAUUAGAGGUACAAGAAGUCAAAUGAUACUGUGAAGUAAGUACUGUACUCAGGGAAAUGUAAAAGCAUACUGGCGGUACAAUUUUGUAAAACGUUGAAACCAACUAGUUUUGCAACGUUUUUCAACACCAAUCCUUGUUAAUAAGUGUACAGUGGCCUUCAACAAAAUCAGUUAUGGGUGCAAAAAAUGCACCAGAAUAAACUUCAAAGCAUCCUGAUUUUCAAAAUUUUCCAGGGGCACCCCAUUCCCCCAAGUAGAAGGCAGGUGCUCCUUUCCAACACCCUACCCAACAAGGCUGCCGUUAACAUGACAAGAUAGUGCUCCAGCUACUUUAUAAUUUCCUCCUGCUAGUUUUUUUCAAUUUGAAAACCCUCCAUACCCCAACCACUGUUCGUCUGAGCAUCAUUUCCUGACAACCGCAGAUUUCAACAACACAACUUAAAACAUACUAGUACGCUACCAAAAGAGUUCAUGGAAUAUAAAAGGAUUCACUGGUGGAUGAUGCCCCCACAAAGCCCUAUCCUCAGUCCCAUAGAGAUAUUAUGGCAUGAACUCAAACAAAACCAAUAAAAAAGCCCACAACUAAACAGGAUCUACUUGAAGGAAUUACAAGGUUCUGGAGGGAGAGGAUGAUGGCAGAAAAGUGUCAAAGCUACAUCACUCACCUGAAGGUUCUUUUGAUAGUGAUGCACUGUGAAGGCCAUGGCUCAGGGCAAUGACACAAAACAGUUCUUUUUAGGAACACAACAGCUCCUUUGGGAACAGCCACAUUCAAUGUAAGUCAUGACCAACUUAAUCCAAUCUCUUGUCCCUUAUAAAAAAAGAUAAAACAGAAAAGCACUUUGCAGGAUUUUCAUUAGCAAAGGGUGACCUAGAUGAACUGGAAAAAAUUGAUGACUUCAAAAUCAACUGGCUUUCUGGAAGUUUCCCAUGUAUUAGGAGAUGUUUCCAAGUUGAUAAAUAUAGCUCUUUUGGAGAACAUUCAGGGAAAAACCAAAGCCUUUUUGAAAAUGAAAAGGAUUUAUUAAAGUUUUAAUAGAGAAAGUUUACUCACUCAAAGACCAAUGUCUUAGUUCCAGCCUUUAGAAUAACUUUUGAUUGCAAAAUUUGCUACUCAAACAUGCUUAGCAACAAACCACUGGUCAAUUUUGGAAAACUCUGGAAACAAGUUUAGACCCAAAGAGUAAGACUUUGUGACAGCGCUAGCAUUUUUCACCAACCUUUGGUAUCUUGAUCUCAGUGAAGUAACAAUAUAUUUGUGAUUUAAAAGCAGUGUUAUUAAUUUUUGGAUAACAGUAGUUAUUGCAUGCUUAAUCUCUUAUAUUUACUUAUGGCACUGCCUAUUUAGAACCUAAGUCCUUCACAGCAUAUGAAGCACCACAUAAUUUCACAAAUUUGCAGCUUCCACAUUCGAAACCCUCAAAAAGAUAAUUCAAGGUGGCUCUGAGAAAUAAGGCUUAAAUGAAGAAUAUCUUCAAGGUCAGCAGCAGAUCUAUGAUGGGUUCCAAAGUACACAGGAGGCAGAAGGACAUCAAAGACCAUUAGGAUUUGGAGUAAUGAUGUAGGAUGAAGUCAAGGUUUGAAGAAUAAUCAAUACCAACGUUGAAUUGUUUUUAAUCCAUCACACAAUUGAAGGGGUGCAUGGAAUAAGGACCUCAGUGACCUUUUGGUUAUUGUCCAAGAAUUAUUAGUUCUUUUUAGACAAUAAUUAAAACCAGAGCAAACUGUGAAAAUUGUCAGGGUUUUUUUUCUGCUGGCUACCCGUAAAAAAAUCCCUAAAGUUACUAAUGCUUCAAUUAUGAUGAAAUGUGAUGUUAAAGAAAAUACCUAUGCUGGAAAUUCAAAGAAAGAGGGGAUUCUCAACAGCCAACAUGUGGAAAGGAAAGUACUGUAUGAUAAUUAUAUAUGUUUU